AAGAAAAUAAUUACCAAUUUUUCCACGGGUCAAUAAAUGUUCUGGCUUCCACGGUGAGGCUGUGGCUGUGGCGAGCAUUGAAUACCAGACAACUGUCACCUCUCUCUCUCUCUCUCUCUCUCUCUAAGCACUCACUGGACCAGUAGGUGUCUUUCAUGUCUCUUGAACUCCCAACAUUUUAACCCAAUUUGCUUGAGAUUACUUUCGUUAUGCUAAAUAGUUGCCGAACCACUUGAAAAGGAACAGAAAGUAGUUUUGGAAGAGUACUGGAUUUGGGAUGUGGAUGUUCUUUAUAGCUGUCAAUCACUGAAACAAGUUGAAGUUUUGCGUUUGUGGGUCUUCUUCAUUCGAUCAUUCCAUGGCCUUCUCAAUGGUAAUCGGAGCUGAAAACUUCACCCUUGUUAGGGUAAAAUCCACAAAUGGUUUAGGUUUCCUAGGGCCAGAUUUUCAGAGGAAGCAUUUGCCCUGUGCAGGUUCAAUGCCUUCUGGUCGAAUUUCCAAGUCUAAACCCCUUGUGCCCAGGUGUAGUCUUUCGGCAUCCCGCCCAGCUUCUCAACCCAGGUUCAUACAGCACAAGAAAGAGGCUUUUUGGUUCUAUAGGUUCCUCUCAAUUAUCUAUGACCAUGUUAUAAACCCUGGGCAUUGGACUGAGGAUAUGAGGGACGAGGCUCUCGAGCCUGCCGACCUCAGUGACCGGAAUAUGAUUGUGGUAGAUGUGGGUGGCGGAACUGGUUUCGCCACUUUGGGUAUUGUUAAGCAUGUGGAUGCCAAAAAUGUCACAAUUCUAGACCAAUCUCCCCAUCAGCUUGCUAAGGCAAAGGAAAAGGAACCUUUGAAGGACUGUAAGAUUCUUGAGGGCGACGCCGAGGAUCUCCCAUUCCCCACAGAUUAUGCAGACCGAUAUGUAUCUGCCGGGAGCAUUGAGUACUGGCCAGAUCCACAACGUGGCAUUAAGGAAGCAUAUAGAGUCUUGAAACUAGGAGGAAAAGCAUGCCUAAUUGGCCCUGUGUACCCAACAUUUUGGUUAUCUCGCUUCUUUGCAGAUGUGUGGAUGCUUUUCCCAAAGGAAGAAGAAUAUAUUGAGUGGUUCCAAAAGGCAGGGUUUAAGGAUGUUCAACUGAAAAGGAUUGGCCCCAAAUGGUACCGUGGGGCUCGUCGGCAUGGAUUGAUCAUGGGAUGUUCUGUGACAGGUGUAAAACCUGCAUCAGGGGAUUCUCCUUUGCAGCUUGGACCAAAAGCAGAGGAUGUAGCGGAGCCAGUGAAUCCAUCUGUGUUCCUUCUGCGUUUUCUGCUGGGUACCAUGGCAGCGGCCUACUUUGUAUUGGUACCUAUUUACAUGUGGCUCAAGGACCAAAUUGUUCCGAAAGGUAGACCAAUUUGAGAGACGGUGGGAGAGAUUGAUUGGUAGAGUUGCCUGUAAUAAUCGUGUAAUUUGUAAGCUGUAAUAUUGUGUACUGUAGUUUUAGUUUGCACAACAGAUGAGACUAUUGCAACAUGAGGAUUAUUUGGCUAAUAAUGUAGAAAUAUAUCCAUCUUCCUCCUA